UUUUAAUCGAAACGUUUCAAAUUGGAAAGGGCGUGAAAACGGAGGGAUUUACCCCCAAAAUUAAAGACUCGACCUUUUUGCUCCCAAAUUCUGAUAACUCCGCCGCGAAACCCUAACGAUGGCCUCCGACGACGAAGCGUUGGGUUCGUUGAUGCGCAAGAAGAAACAGAAUGGGAGCGCCGUAGCGAAGCCGAAGGUGAAGAAAGAAGAGCUGGACAACGGUUCCGAGAACCCAAAGCCCAAGCCCAGAAAGCCAAUCGCGAAGAAGAAGGAAGAAAGCGAAAGCGAUUUUGAAGAUGAUGACGAGAAGCCGAUUGCGAAGCCGAGAAAAGCGCCGGUUAAGAAGGAAGAGAAGGAUGAUGGUAUUGAUGAUGCUAAGCCCCUAGCUAAGAAGAGCUCCAAUUCUAAGCCUGAUAAGAGUGUGAAGAGUGUGAAGAGGAAGAGAGAAGAGGUGGCAGUGGCUGCGGCGACACUGGAGAAGAAGAAGAGGGAGAAGAAGGUGUAUGAUUUGCCUGGUCAGAAGAGAGACGCUCCUGAAGAGAGAGACCCACUUAGGAUUUUUUACGAGACGCUUUAUGAGCAGGUUCCCAAUAGUGAAAUGGCACAGGUCUGGCUGAUGGAGUCCGGUUUGUUACCUAAGGAGGAGGCAAAGAAAGUGUUUGAGAAGAAGCAGAAGAGUCGUCAGCUUCAAAGAGUUAGUUCUCCAAGUAAACCUGUAGCUUCUGGAAGGAAGACCAUAACAGUCGUAAAGAAGACCACAUCAGUUACUGUCAAGAAAAAACCAACAUCAACCCCGGUUUCUUCAAAUAAAAAGAAGCCAACACCAGCCUCUAAAGGUGCAUCAAAUCUGUCUAAGAACCGGAAGAAAGAUGAUGAAAGCUCAGAGACUGAGUCUGAUGAUGACUUUGUGUCUGAUGAAGACGAAGACUGUGUGAUAUCCGAGAGACUAAAGAAAAAGAAGGCAGCUUAAUCUUAUUUCACAUUAACCAGUUGUAGCCUAUCACCUUUGUUAUGCUACCGUGUGUAUUCUGAUGACGUGAUUUACUCAUUAAGUGUUAUCAAACUUGCUGAUUCAUCUUAUGGUAAAGUUAUUUCAAGAAC